AUUUCCAGCACGCAUGGAAACAAGUUCGGAAUCACUACGGGAGGCAGUCAGAGAGUCAGACAGUCGGAGGCUGACCGAGAGUUACAGCACAUGGACGCACAGAUAUAGGAGUCGGGAUUAGACGCAAUCGAAUAUGGCCAGCGACACUGCCGAUUCCAGAGCCCAUUGCGAGCAAGUGGACGCAGACGUUCCGGAUCUUUCCACCAGCGAGAGCGAGCCAACCAGCAGCGGCGAUACGGAUAGCGAAGAUGCGAGCUCCAAGGUGGCCGCCCCUGACACCAGUCCCCAGACGAGCAUGUACAGUCUGCUGGCCGGAGAGUCGGACAAUGAACUGGAGGAGCAGGAGGACUUCUGCGAAGAGACCAUCUCCCUGCUGGCCCACGAGAUCCUCUGCUGCGAGGGCGACAGUGACUCGGAGGCAGAGAGCGACGGCGAGGACAUCGACGAGGCCAGGGACAACGAUAGGCUGCGGGAAAUCCUAGAGUUCGGGCUGCACAAUCCAUACCGGCCCAUGUUGAGCGACGAGGACGAGGAUAACCCGAAUGAGGAGACAAUCUUCCUGCUGGAUGAGGAUCAACAGAGCGAGGAAAAGUCCGAUUCUUCCAAGAGGAGCUUUUAGAAUAUGGAAGCUCAUGGAUAUACUAUUUUUGGAUAUACUAUUAUAUGAGAUGGAACCACACGAGCAAAUUCAAUUGUCAGGAUAAGGCCUAAACCACAUAUCAACAUUUAUGUAUUCACGCAAAUUAACAUAUCGCACAUUGUUUUAUGCAUUAGGUGCACAAAUGGCCCUGAGCAGCAAAAGUGUGACUCCCUCAGGGAACAGACAAUGCAGCCUUUUUGUGAGAGUCCACAGCAUCCCUAGAUAUCAGCAUACAGGACGCAAUUAACGGCAACAGAAAACGAGUAUUCUUCCACUUUAAAAAUUUGUCAAAUUGUUUCUAAUAGAGUAAAUUGAUUGAUACCAUGGCCUACAGACUAUUGCGUUGUGAAACCAUCACUAGAGUUUUCUCAUAUAUUUUAUAUAUUAUAUUAUAUUUAUUUUAA